AUGAGAUCAGUCCGCGAGUUCACACUCCGCACACUUGGAACCUUUGAUUCAGUCAUUGACGAGGCGAGCGCACGGGGCGAGGGUGAAGCGGACCGUUUUAAUUCUGUGGGUACGUCCAGCGAAUUAGUAAUGAAAUUGAGUGGCCGCGAGGGACACGGGUUCGCUUCCCGGUACGGCUUUGUUUCAAUGUUGCCGUUUCUGUAA